UCAAAUUAUUAUGUAGUACCAAGUACUGGAAUGCCAUUCUCCUCCAAUGGAGGCGGAAAUGAAACUAGUAACUCAUCAAAGUCCAUUGUAGAUAAAUACUUACGUUCGUCGAUAUUCCGGGGUGCUAUCCUCAGUUGGAUCGCUUCGGUCUUAAUGUUAUUACUAGCAAUAUUUGUAGCAAUGCAGGGUCAAGUGAAGGACCAUAAUGUCAUAUGGGACUUACGAGUCGGACUUUUCUUGACAGCUGUAACAGUAACAACUAUAGUAACGUCAUUUGUUGUAGGGUUUAUAGUACCAGCCAUGUUAGCAGGAAUGCUUAUAAUAGGCCAAAUGUCCAACUUAAACGGAACGGGUACGAUGAUUAGUCAAUUAAUGGAAGCAGCCAUGUCUCGUAGUUUAUGGUGCACUUUGGCAUCCUGCUUUAACUCCCGUAAAACUCGGAAACUAUCUAUUAUUAUUGCCUUAGUCGUAGUGUGGCAAUAUGUUGCGAUAUUGGCUGACUUAUAUCUUCAUGCCACUGCUAUCGGAAAUUCCCAACAGCUGCCUGGGCCAACAGUCCCAAGCACCCGAUCAUUAGAAAUAGCAACUAAUUGUUCUGAGAUAUCUUAUUUAAAUAAUUGUGCAUCACAAAUUAAGAAUCCGAGAAAAACAUUAACAGUUUACCAAAAUACAAGUGAUACCUUACAAAUUCGGAGCAAUGAAGAAGGCAUUUAUCUUUUGCAAGCUCCACCUUCAGAGAAAGCCUAUUCAUAUUCAGGAUCAGGUGUCUCUUUGCGUCCUUCUUGUGUACCUAUUAGCAGUAUAUGUAAUUUAAAAGCUAGAUAUGGUGCCAUGACCAAUUAUUCUUGUCCCAGAACAUUAUGGUAUGCCUCAGGAAAUACAGUGACGAAAGAUUUUGAUGUAAACGUCACCAGUGCAAUUAAUAGCCAAGGAAAAUAUGUAGCAUCUAAUCCUAUGCAUGCAAUAAUUACUGCACGUUUCAGUAAAGUAUCAACAAAUUAUGAUUCAGAGUUUGUUACUGAAGUACAUGGUGACCUUUCAAUUUUACUACACUGCCAAAUAUUAGCUUCGAAGAUCGAUUACGUUAUUACCCUUGGAUCGUUAAAAGUAUCCUCACAAGGAAAUCUAACGAAUUCUCAACUCUUUACUCUCGGCGCUGCAUCAAUGAAUCAUAACAUGGCAGUUCGAUCGAUAAUUGAUGUCGAAGUUAUAGCAUAUAAAGGAAAUAGUACAUUACUCGCUAAUUCAUUUGCACAACAAUGGGCUCGAGCAACAGUAUCUGCAUUCAGCCCCAUUAUACAAGAAAAUAGUGCAGGAGGGGGAUAUUCUUAUACAAUCGAGGUGAAUAAAGACCAAACUAUUGUUCCACUUUCGGCUGUUUCAAUUUAUGCCAUUAUUGUCAUAUUGCCGCUGUUAAUUUUUUCGUAUAUAUGUGUUUAUUCUCUGUUUAAUCGACACACAAAUUGGAUACUUGCAGAAUUUAUAUGUACACCACAGAGAUUGAUUUAUCAAGCCUUAGUUAAUGAGCAUAAUAUGAAUGAUGGUUGUUCGGAAAUUUUGACAGCACAAGCAAAUAGAAUGGAAAAAAUUGAGUGUAGUGUUGAACUAAUCGAUAUGAAUUUACGUUCACCAAUAUUCCAAGGCAUUAUACUUGGCUGGGCUGUUUCUAUAAUAAUAUUAUUAUUAAUGCUCGCCGCUGGAACACAGGGUCAAAGGAAGGAUCUCAAUGUCAUAUGGGAUCUGCGUGUAGGUCUAUUCUUGACUGCUGUUACAGUAAUUACAAGAACAACAUCUUUUGUCGCUGGACUUAUGGUACCAGCCAUUUUAUCAGGUAUACUCGCCAUUAACAAAAUAUCUAAUUUAAAUGGGCCAAGUACAACGAUUAGUCAAUUAAUGGAAGCAUCUAUGUCUCAUAGUCUAUUUUGCACUUUGAAAUCUUGCUUUAACUCUGGUCAAACUCGUAAGCUCGCUAUCGCUAUUGCUUUGGUCUUUACAUGGCAAUAUCUAGCAACGAUAGCUGAUUUAUAUCUUCAUACAACUGCUAUCGGAAAUUCCCAACAACUGCCUGGAACAACAGUCUCAAGCACCAGAUCAUUAGGCAUAGCAACCAAUUGUUCUGAUACAUCUCUUUUAGACAAUUGCGUGGCACGUUUACGUGGAAUGAAAAGUCCAGAUAAAGCAUUUGAUGUGUAUUACAAUACAAGCGAUUCUCUAAAAGUUUGGCACACUAAUGAUGGAGUUUAUCUUUUGCAAUCACCGCCUUCAGAACAAACCUAUGCAUAUUCUGGAUCUGCUGUCUUUUUGCGACCUUCUUGUAAACCUAUUAGUAGUGUGUGCAAUUUAAGAAGCAUAAAUUUCACUGUUACAAGUUACAACUGCCCUAAAACACUGUGGUCUGCUUCAGGUAGUUUACUUAUUGUUAAUAAUACAGAAGCAACUGAUAUAGGCGUAAAUGUUACCAACAGAAAUUUUGUCUUACGACAAAGUUAUAUAGCAUCUAAUCCUAUAGAAGCAAUUGCUUUUGCACGCUAUGUUAAAGAUUAUUCAACCAAUUAUGAUUCUGAGUUUGUGAGCGAAUUAAAUGGUAAUAUCACAAUUCUACUACAUUGUCAAUUGCUCUCCUCAGUAGUCGAUUAUGUUGUUACUCUUGGAUCUCUAAAAGCAUCUCCACAAAGAAACUUGACAAAUUCUCAACUUUUUAAUCUUGGUGUUGCGUCAACACAAUAUGAAGUGAUGCGUAUAGCACAACGUGAUAUCGAAAUCGUAACCUACAAAGGAAAUAGUACAUUAUUUUCUGAUUCAUUUGCGCAGCAGUGGGCCCACGCAACUAUUUCUGCAUUUAGCGUUAUGGUGCAAGGAAAUGGGACAGCAAGUGGGUAUAGUUAUACGUUUGAAGAGGAUAAAGACCAAAGUAUUGUUCCACUUUCAGCCACCUUAGUCUAUGCACUUGUUAUCACAUUCCCAUUGUUAAUAUUCUCCUGUAUAUGUCUUUUUUCUCUACGAAACCCACAUAUCAACUGGACUCUUGCUGAAUUCCUUUGUGCACCACAAAGACUAUUUUAUCAAUUAUUAAUUGGGACACAUCAUGUAAAUGAUGGUUGUUUGAAUAAUUUGACAGAGCAAACAGAAAGAAUUAAAAAUAUUGAAUGUAAUAUUACAGAAGAUGGUCAUUUUGAAUUGUUACAAAGUUAA